ACUCUACUAGCGCCAGCGCUAGCGCGGUCGGCAAGCUCGCGGUGCGCUAGCGCUUGCUCUAUUCAGUAAGUGGUAAAAUGGCGGCAAUUCGCUCAGAGUCAGGACAGGAAGCAAAUGAAACUACGGGGGAAGUCAUCUUCAUAUUGAGCGAUAGUGACGAAGAACCUACCAAACCAAGCGCAAAGAAUUCUCAGCAGACACACUAUAAAUUCUUAUUUGAUGAGUUUGUAACCUGCUCCAACAACCUUCUGACGAAGAUCAGAGACAAAGCUACAACAGAGAAGAUCAGGAAACAUCUGAUUAAAGGGUUCAAGGCUGCCAGAGAAGACUACCUCUCAUCGGAGGAGUUCACAAAUACAGUUCGACAACAUCUUGGAGAACUUCAGAAGCCAGACAUAAAAGACCAGGCCAUCUUCUCUGUUGUGCAUGAUGUAGUGAUCCAUCUAAAAAAUGCUUCCAACAAGCCUAAAAAGUCAAAAGAGAACAAAACAGGAGUGGGGGAUUCAGGGAAACAUGAAGAUAAACUUUUGAGUAAUGGGGGCAUUGAGACGGACGAUGCGAAGACAGCUGGGACAGAUCCAAGGACUAAUGGCCCAGAUGAAUCUGAUCCACAGGGGACGAAAGAUGUGAAUUCUGGCAUUCUAUCAGGAGAUAUCAAGAAAGAAGUAGUUUCUACCAGGAGAGAUGUUGACCCUGGCAACAUAGCUGGGGGUUCUAGUGAGGUAGCAAAAUUUAAUGAUGCUAAUAAAUCAUCAAACACUUCUGUCCUGGAGAAACCAUCAUGCAGCAAAGAUAAAAGUGAAGAGGAGGAAAAAGGUGAUGAAGAUAAAGGAAAGAAACGCAAAAUCAGGAGAAUGGAAAAACUGAUGGGAAGGUUAAAUAGAGAGAUCCGAAGGUACAGUGAGAAAGAAUUGAGCCUCGAGGAAAUGGGCAGAGACGAUUCAUCUCAUAUGAUCGAGCAUAAACUUAGAAAGAGAUUUGUAGAAGCAUGGCAGAAGUGGUGUAAGCUGAAAGGCUAUGAGGCAAAAACAGGGCGUGGUGUAGAAAAGAAAGUAAACUUUAAGGGUACAAGGUACCCAGAAAUCAACAAGAGAAUCUGUAAAUUAGUAAAGGGUAAUAAAUUUCCAGAUUUCCACGAUGUAUACCAUGUUAUCAGGAAGACAAAUACAAGGGAUAAAUUAGGGAUCCAUGAAUUUGAUCUGCGCCCGUUGGCUACCGAAGUCUUCAAAGAUGUUGGUGAAAUGCUGAGUAAACGUAGGAUCAAUGACUACAUGUGCAAUGCUGGGUAUGCAUCUUUCUUUGAUGCGCCCGAUGAUCCUGCAAAUGAGAAUCCAGAAUUGAGGACAAGGUUGGAAGAUAAUGCCAUCAAGGGGAGGGAGAUGAUGGACAGCGUCCUGGAGAAGUAUACGCUUAAGGCAAGAGAGGUGCACAAACCAGGUGUUGAACCAGAGUUUGAUAGAACAAGUGAACCAGAGGUUGCACCAGAUGAAAGUGAAGAUGACUUUGAAGAUGGUGAUUGGGUUGAGUAUGUUUCUGAUUCAGAUGAAAGCCAAUCUGAAUCAGGAGCAGUUAAAAGUCCAGAGAUGGAAUCAAAAGGGAUGGAAACAUGUCCAGACAAAGCAGAUGAAAACCAAAUUGAAGGUUCUAAGAAACGUCCCAUUGAAAGGGAAUCACUCUCAGAUGACAAUUCAAAAAAGGUAAAGCUUUCCAGCAAUGACGCUGAAAAGACAGAUGUAAUUUCAAACGGAACACCUCAAAGCAAUACAGAGGUAAAAGUGGCCCAUGUAUCUAAGGCUCCAGAAACCAUGCAUCCUCAGGGAAAUGUGAAAGCAGAAACAGUGAAACCUUUUCCUUCAAAGCCUCAUUUUGAUCCCACCAAGAACGGUAUCCCAUCAACCAGCUCUUGUCAGGUUAGGCUAGUGAAGACAAAUCCUGUGCAACUUUGCAACCACAAGAUCAACACUCUUCAAGCCUUUCAGAAUUCUUCCUCCAAGCCUGAAAGCGCAAAUAGCAGUAUCCCAACAACAGGCACAAGCCUUAUUAAGCCUGUGAAGACACAGCCAGUGCAACUUUGUACUUCCAGGAGUAAACCUGCUCCCAACCAACCACAACCAGUAUCCUUUGCAAGUGGCUCAAAGACUCUGGCAUGUAGCUCAAACAAUAUUGUAAGAACGCAAGUAAGAAAGAUUGCGAUUCCAGUAGCUGAAGUGAAACAAGAAAUAGCAAUUAUCAAAAGGGCACCAGUAGAUGUGGGUUCUUCAAGAAGUGCAAGUUUGUCCAACAAUGGUCCACCCCGUAGAAAGAUUGCGAUUCCAGUAGCUGAAGUGAAACAAGAAUUAACAAUUAACACAAGGGCACCAGUAGGUGAGGGUUCUUCAAGAAGUGCAAGUUUGUCCAACAAUGGUCCAUCCCGUAGAAUUCAGCUGACCUCGCUAGACUCAAGAUCACAGCUGAUUUCACUUUCCAGAUCACUGCCUCCUAGUAAGGUGCACACUAAUGGCACUGUAGUGACACCCACUCGAAUUGACUUACCAGUGCGUAAAACAAAUGCUGCUAUCAGUGCCACUCAAAAAGUUGGUCCUUCCCUCAGUCGUUCAAUUUCAGUAAAGACUCAAAACAAGCAAUCAAAUGGACCUAAAGCAAUUUACAAGGAAGAUGAGGAUGGUUGUAUUGUUAUCGAGUAGUGACUACCGUAAUGGCAGUCCAAGCAUUUCAGAAGGCCAUCAUGAUAUAAAGCGUGUAUAUAAGGCUAUAGGGGAUAAUAGAGAUAUAUUAAAGGGAUGAAACCUUUGGAACAAAUAGGCUUGUGUCGAAACAGAAAAAUCAAAGAAUAAGAACAAAGAAAGUUU